AUGCUCAGGAAGUUGUCGGUGUACAAUGCGACGGAGGCGACGAGUGUGGAAGCAGAUGAAAAACCUAAAGCUGCGGCCGCAAAAAUGGGGACCAUCAUGGGAGUGUUCCUUCCGUGUCUUCAGAAUAUUUUUGGAGUGUUGUUCUUCAUUCGAUUGGCAUGGAUUAUUGGAACCGCCGGAAUAUUUCAAGCGUUUUUUGUGGUGCUCACUUGCGUUUCUGUGACAUUCCUCACCUCGAUCUCCCUCUCAGCCAUUGCCACAAACGGCGUAGUACCCUCUGGUGGUCCCUAUUACAUGAUAUCCCGAAAUCUUGGACCAGAACUCGGAGGUGCUGUUGGAAUUCUGUUCUACCUUGGAACAACAAUCGCCGCUUCUAUGUACAUCACAGGCGCCAUUGAAAUCCUUCUCCUCUACAUCUAUCCACAAGCGAAACUUACUUGGAACCAUCUUCUCCUGAUUCUCGGUCUGAUUGUGAUGGCUGGAGUGAAGUUUGUGAACCGAUGUGCUCUUCCAUUGGUUAUCGUUGUUAUCUUCUGCAUUCUCUCUGCAAUUCUUGGAGUUUUUGUGAGAUACGAUGGAAGUGAUUCGUUGAAGUUCUGUAUGGUUGGAGAUCGGCCAGUGGAUUUGACAUCUUACUAUGAGAAGACCAAAUUCGUUCCGAAUUGUACGACUGAAGGACUCAGAGAUCUUUUCUGCAGUGCCAAUGGAACAUGUGAUCACUACUAUGACAGAAUGAAAGACAUCAAAGUGUGGAAAGCAUCUGGAAUGCCAGCCAUCCGUGAAGAACGUGCCAUCAAGGGAAUCGCUUCUGGAGUAUUCUUUGAUAAUCUCUGGCCUAAAUAUCUUCGUGGUGGAGAAGUUCUUUCAAAGGAUAGAAAAGACAAAGGAGAUCUGAAUCGUGGUGGACAUCCAUCGUACAUCUACGCAGAAUCUGUCACGAAUUUCAUGAUUCUUGUUGGUGUAUUCUUCCCAUCUGCAACUGGAAUUAUGGCUGGAUCAAAUCGAUCUGGUAAUCUGAGAGAUGCAGCAAAAUCGAUUCCGUUGGGUACACUGGCAGCUCAGAACUUCUCUUCGUUUAUUUAUCUUCUCGGAGUUGUCCUUUUCGGCGCAUCUGUCUCCGAAAUGUUCAUUCGGGACAAGUACGGACGAUCUGCGAUGGGCAAACUGAUUAUUUCUGAAAUCUCUUGGCCAUUCCCCCAAGUGAUUCUCUUCGGAUGCUUCAUGUCAACUGCUGGAGCAGGAAUGCAAUCUCUCACCGGAGCUCCACGUCUUCUUCAAGCUAUUGCUGCUGAUGAUGUCAUUCCAUUCUUGAAGCCAUUCAGAAAGAUGGAUUCUAGAGGGGAACCAAUAAGAGCUAUUCUCCUGACUUUGGCCAUUUGCGAGUGCGGAAUUUUGAUUGCUGUCAUUGAGAAUAUCACUGCUUUGAUCACUCAAUUCUUCCUCAUGUGUUACCUUGGAGUCAACGCCGCCUGCGCCCUCCAAUCCCUCCUCAAAUCACCCGGAUGGCGUCCAGGAUUCCGUUACUUCCACUGGGCUCUAUCCAUGAUCGGAGCCAUUCUCUGCGUAGCUGUUAUGUUCAUCUCUGCGUGGCACUUCGCUCUCAUUGCCAUCGUUAUCGGAGCCGGAGUCUACAAGUAUAUUGAAUAUGCUGGAGCCGAGAAGGAAUGGGGAGAUGGACUUCGUGGAUUGGGACUGUCAGCUGCUAGAUUCGCUCUGCUGAAUCUGGAUGACAAACCACAACAUUCAAGGAAUUGGAGACCACAGCUUCUGGUUCUUGCUCCAGAUGUUGAAUCAGCCAAUACCAAUGGAAUACUGUCGUUCGUGAGUCAACUGAAAGCCGGUAAAGGAUUGACACUGGUUGCACAUUGUAUGGAAGGAGAAUACGCGGAUAAUUAUCUUCAAGCUCAAGCUGUUCAAGAGAAGUUGAAGGCAAUGGUGAAGAAGAAUAAGAUCAAAGGAUUCUGUGAUGUUCUGGUCACAUCAAAUGUGAUCGAAGGAAUUUCAUGUCUCGUACAGACCUCCGGACUUGGUGGAAUGCGUCACAACACCGUAGUCCUAUCGUGGCCAGAUGACUGGAGAGCCGACCAAGAAUGGGCGGUUGCUAACAAAUUCGUCUCGGCAAUCAGAGCGAUUUCCGCUGCUAAAUGUGCUAUUAUGGUACCAAAGUAUGCGGAGAAGUUCCCGGCAAAUGGAACCAAAGUUUCUGGAUACAUUGAUGUUUGGUGGGUUGUGCACGAUGGAGGUCUUCUGAUGCUCCUUCCAUUCCUUCUCCGCCAGCACAAGACCUGGAAGAACACAACGGUUCGCUUGUUCGCAAUUGCUCAGAUGGAAGAUAACAAUGUUCAAAUGAAGACUGAUUUGGAGAAAUUCCUUUACCAUCUGAGAAUCGAUGCAGCAGUCAAUGUUAUUGAGAUGAAUCUGAACAAGUCGGAUCGCGAGAAAGAUAUUCAGAAUCACUUGGAAAUCGUCACACGCGAACGAAAGCUUAGCAGAAUUAAUGAGGAAGCUCCAACUGUAAUCCCAGAACAACGUAAUUUGGAGGCAGUUACUGAGGAACAAGAGCAGGAAGAGCAAAAAUCUGAGAAGAGUCUGGAAAAGUUGGAGCACAAAGGAGUACGGUUCUCAGAUGAUGAGGAUGGCAAGGAAGUCAAAGUCGGCAAUGGAACAAUGGAGCGGGACCGUGAGGAAAGACAACGAAAGAGACGAUACAACGUGCACAAAAUGCAUACGGCUGUGAAAUUGAACGAGAUGAUGAGACAGAAAUCCAGCGAUGCUCAAUUGGUCUUCAUCAAUCUUCCAGGACCGCCAGACGCUGAUUCGGAUUCUUACUACAUGGACUUCAUCGACGCUCUCACUGAAGGUCUGGAUCGUGUCCUACUGGUACGUGGAACUGGAGCUGAAGUCGUCACAAUCUAUUCUUAA